AUAAUGACGUCCAGCACGCCGGUGUGCAGUACAUCCUAGACUCAGUCGUCUCUGCCCUUCUGGAGGAGCCCACCCGCCGUUUCAUCUACGUGGAGAUUGCCUUCUUCUCCCGUUGGUGGCAGCGGCAGACAAAUGCAACACAGGAAGCUGUGAGAGAUCUGGUGCGCCAGGGUGAGUCUGCCUGGAGGAAGUGAAAGAGGAAGCCCAGGGCGCCUGGAGUUUGCAAAUGGAGGCUGGGUGAUGAAUGAUGAGGCAGCCACCCACUACGGAGCCAUCAUAGACCAGAUGACACUUGGUCUGAACUUCCUGGAAAAUACAUUUGGCAAUGACGGGAGCCCCCGCACGGCCUGGCACAUUGACCCCUUUGGCCACUCUCGCGAGCAGGCCUCGCUGUUCGCGCAGAUGGGCUUUGAUGGCUUCUUCUUCGGGCGCCUGGAUUAUCAAGAUAAGAAAACGAGGAAGGAAAGGCUGGAGAUGGAGCAGGUGUGGCGGGCCAGCGCCAGCCUGAAGCCCCCUGCCGCAGACCUCUUUACCAGUGUGCUUCCCAACAUUUACAACCCACCUGAUAACCUGUGCUGGGACACCCUGUGCUCUGACAAGCCCUUCGUGGACGACCCGCACAGCCCUGAGUACAACGCCAAGGAUCUAGUUGCUUACUUCCUGCCAUUGGCCGCUGCCCAGGGCCAGCACUACCGCACUAACCACACUGUGAUGACCAUGGGCUCGGACUUCCAAUACGAGAAUGCCAACAUGUGGUUCAAGAACCUUGACAAGCUCAUCCAGCUGGUCAAUGCCGAGGUGCACACUUCCCCGCAGCAGCAGGCCAACGGGAGCCGCGUAAACGUUCUCUACUCCACACCUGCCUGUUACCUCUGGGAGCUGUACAAGGCCAACCUCACCUGGCCGGUGAAAGACGAUGAUUUCUUCCCCUAUGCCGACGGCCCCCACAAGUUCUGGACGGGCUACUUUUCCAGCCGGCCAGCCCUCAAACGCUACGAGCGUCUCAGUUAUAACUUCCUGCAGGUGUGCAAUCAACUGGAGGCGCUAGCGGGCCCAGCGGCCAACCUGGGACCGUAUGGUUCAGGAGACAGUGAACCCCUCAAUGAGGCGAUGGCCGUACUCCAGCACCACGACGCAGUCACCGGCACCUCCCGGCAGCACGUGGCCAACGACUACGCGCGCCAGCUUGCGGCUGGCUGGGGACCCUGCGAGGUUCUCGUGAGCAACGCCCUGGCGCGGCUCAGCGGCUCUAAGGAGGACUUCGCGUUUUGCCGCGAGCUCAACAUCAGCGUCUGUCCGCUCAGCCAGACUGCGAAGAGAUUCCAGGUGACCAUUUAUAACCCGCUGGGGCGACAAGUGAAGUGGAUGGUGAGGCUGCCGGUCAGCAAUCAUGUUUUCGUCGUGAGAGACCCCAGUGGCACAAUUGUGCCCAGCAAUGUGGUGAUAAUUCCCAGCUCAGACGGUCGGGAGCUGCUUUUCUCAGCCUCCGUGCCUGCCCUGGGCUUCAGCAUCUACUCAGUAACCCAGGUGCCCGGCCAGAGGCCUCGGGCUCACAAGCUCCAGCCCAGAGCCCAGAAGCCCAAGUUCCGUGUCUUGGUCAUCCAAAAUGAGUACAUCCGGGCUAAGUUUGACCCUGACACGGGGUUCUUGAUGGAGAUGGAGAACCUGGAGCAGAAUCUCCUUCUGCCUGUUCGCCAAGCCUUCUACUGGUACAACGCCAGUACAGGCAACAACCUAAGCAGCCAGGUCUCAGGUGCCUACAUCUUCAGACCCAGCCAACAGGAGCCACUGCCUGUGAGCCACUGGGCUCAGACCCACCUGGUCAAGACAGCCUUGGUGCAGGAGGUGCACCAGAACUUCUCGGCCUGGUGUUCCCAGGUGGUUCGCCUGUACCCAGGACAGCGGUACCUGGAGCUGGAGUGGACAGUGGGGCCAAUACCUGUGGGUGACAACUGGGGCAAGGAGAUCAUCAGUCGCUUUGACACUGGAAUGGACACAAAAGGGCUCUUCUACACAGACAGCAAUGGCCGGGAGGUCCUGGAGAGGAGGCGGGAUCAUCGGCCCACCUGGGAGCUGAACCAGACUGAGCCUGUGGCAGGAAACUAUUAUCCAGUCAACAGCCGCAUUUACAUCACGGAUGGGAACGUGCAGCUGACUGUGCUGACUGACCGCUCCCAGGGGGGCAGCAGCCUGAGGGAUGGCGCCCUAGAGCUCAUGGUGCACCGAAGGCUGCUGAAGGACGACGGACGUGGCGUCGGGGAGCCUCUGCGGGAGGACAGCUUUGGGCUGUGGGUGCGAGGGCGCCACCUCGUGCUGCUGGACAGAGCCCGGACCGCGGCCGCCGGGCACCGGCUGCAGGCGGAGAGGGCGGUGCUGGCCCCGCAGGUGGUGCUGGCCCCGGGCGGCGGCGCCCCCUACCGGCUCGAGGCGGCCCCGCGGAAGCAGUUCUCCGGGCUGCGCCGCGAGCUGCCGCCGUCGGUGCGCCUGCUCACGCUGGCCCGCUGGGGCCCGGAAACGCUGUUGCUGCGUGUGGAGCACCAGUUCGCGGUGGGAGAGGACCCGGUCGGCAACCUGAGCUCCCCGGUGUCCUUGGACUUGAGGGCCCCGUUCCCACACGCCGCCCCUCUCCCCCCCGGCUGGACCUUUCCACCAUCACGCUGCAGCCCAUGGAGAUCCGCACCUUCCUGGCCUCGGUCCAGCGGAACGAGGAUGGCUAGACCCUCUGCGGGCAGGGCGCCCUCUUCCGAGCCCCUCCUCUCGCUGCUGCUGCCACUAACAAAAGCCAUUAAAAUGCCACUACCGGGACUCAGGUCAAAAUGUGAAUGAGUGUGGUUUCUGUUUUUGUUUUCUGAGGUGUAUGGAAUUUGACAAAGGCCAGCCAACCCUAGCUGACCCUUGACACGAGGCUUUGCAGGAAAGUCACUUGCUGGCCUGAAUCCCCAUACCAGACUACACCGCUCAUAGCGUGCUGUCCUCCGUUCCUGUUUAGCUGCUCCAUCCACUCAGGCUGUGGCACAACUAUCUCGAGGAAGACACUGAGGGCAGGCCUGUGGCAGACCUGGGUGCAGAGAACCAGAUACAAGCCAGGGCCUCCCAGACCGCCUUUGGGGAGCUCUGCCCCGAGGGCAAGGAAUCUGGAAGGUCCUGGUGGAGGAGGUGGAACCAGAGGCUGGUUCCCAAACGAGGACUUGAACAGGAGGGCUGGAGCUUCGGGCCUCCUAGGAGGCAGGCAGAGAGCCUGGCAUGCCCUGGUGUGCUCUGGGUCCAUUACAGAGGAAGGAGACUUGGGGAUAAAGGAAGUGGAAAUUACUACCCUCCAACCGUUACCUUCUUAUGCAGGUUCCUGAAGGUGCAUGGAUGUUGGGGAAGACAUCCCAGGCCCGUGUGGACACCAGUGCUGAGGUGCAUGUGCCCCUGACUGUUGGAUGCACCUCCAGAGAGUAUUUCUGUUUCCCUCAGUGGAGUAGGCAUGAGCUUGGGCCACCUAGGAACCCCUGGGGAGGGCACGACAGACCUACAUGCCAGAUGUGCCUCUUGAAAAUGUUUCUGUCUCCCCUAAGAUGUACCAGAGAGGCCCAAGGAGGGUACCCCAGUCUAGUUGCCACCAUGCAUGGGGUCCAUUUGCUGGAUGCAUGUUCAAAACUUCCAAAGGCAGGCAUUGUCCUGGACUGGUCAAGGAGAGUGACUGGUAGGGGUUGCCCUGUGACCACCCUCAGUCUUGCAUGGGCCUGAUGGCUGGUUGUACCCCUGUAAACCUCUCUAGCCAUCCUUUGGUGAUGGGGACUGGGCACAGGCUAGAAGGAGACUCGGGUGGCACCCAGGCCAGGCUGUGGUUCUGCAUGGGGGGGCCUGAUACUGGAUCCUCCUGGUGGCGCCUUCUGCAGACAUCUGUGUCCCCAUCCGAAUGGGAGGCACUGGCCCUGGCUGGACAAGUAAAUCAACGGAGGGUGCCUUGGGCUCAGCUGCUAUCACUCUUGGGUCCCAGUCAUGGGAGCACCUUCUGAAAAGCUUCUAUGACCUUUUGAGGAGGCUAGGACUGAACUCCAGUUGCUGGAUGCACUCCCCACUCCACUCCCCAUCUUUUUCUGUUUCCCUCUGGAGGCAGCAACCAGCUGCAGGCAUCCAGGGAGGCCGAGGGAGUGUGUUCUGGGCCCAGCCGCAGUCAUAUGUGGGACCUAUUCAUUAUACAUGCCUUUGAAAACCUUUCCACCUCCCUGUCUAGAGGGAGGCAACAGCCACGUGGGCUGGGGGCCAACAUGGAAGGUGUCCUGGGCCUGAGCACAGUUCCAUGUAGAGCUGGGUUGCCAGACGUGCUCCUGAAAAACAUUCUUAUGCCCUCUUGGAAGGGAGAGACUGGGAUGGCCAGGGAGGCCCUGGAAGGGUGCCCCAGGCUUGGCCACAGUCCCACAUGUCACUGGGGUUGCCUACUGCAAAAUGUCUAAGUUGUACUUUGGAGUAUGACUCUGAGAUCAGCUCCAGGACAUCCAGGGAGUUCCGUCGAUGGUGCCUGGGACCCACCAGGCUACCUCUAGCUGAUGUGCGGCCCAUCCUGGGCCAAACAGAGGGGUCCAGGGCUGGGCACAGUGGACCUGGUCGUGGUCCCGUCAGCACUGGGUCAUCUGAAGCACCUCCUGGAGAUGUAGGUUCCAAUUCUUCCUGGGGUGAGCGUGGGGGCGUUGGCCCUGGCCAGUCAGAGAGCUCUGUCCAGAGAGGGCCUUCCAGAGGUUUCUGUCUCCCUUAGGAGGCUCGAUCCUCAGGGGGCUGCAAAGAAGGCCUGAGCAGGCUGGCAGGCUGGCAGGCAAGCAUGUGUCCUCGGUGAGAUCCAGUCCUCGCCUGAACCUCCUGAAAAUACUUCCUGAGGGAGGAAGGCCCCACGUCAGCUCCCUACACCAGAAGGGUUGCUGUCCCAUGUGGGACCUGUUCACUGGGUGUGCCUCCUGAAAAAUUUUCUAAGUCUCUGUAGCAACAAGCCAGCCAGAGGCCUCCCAACUGCUGUGGGAGGGUCCCCUGGCCCUGCCACAGCCUGGAUUGGGCCUAGUAGUUGAAAACACCCCCCCAAAGACAUUUCCAAGUCCCUCUAUACAGGCUAUGACUAACCCAGGGUCUGGCUGGCCCUGAGACUGGUGAGAAUGAUCCUACUGCAGUUGUGAUAUGUGGUUCUGGUUGUUAUAGUCAUCCCUUGAAAAUGUUUUCCAGGUUCCCCUCAAGAAGGGCUUAGUAGUGUGGGCUGGUGAGGGCCACCUCCAGCUGUCAUCACAGGUGCAGCCUGUUGGAUGAAUGCACCUCGCCAGUAUCCUUCCGGGAGUGUAGGGACCAGCCAGUCAGAAAUAGACUGAAGAAAGGCACCCCAACCAAAAUGUGGGUGUGCUUUCUGGAAGUUUUGCUAAGUGUUCCUCUGGAAGGGGGAGCCCCGAGUCCCCCAGCCUUCAUGGUCACAGAGAACCAGCUUGUCUGGUACUAGUGAUGACUGGGGGAGGCACACGGGUUUGGCCAUCGUGUUCCAGUGGGUCACGUAGGUGUUCCAAUGGUAGCACAUGCACCUCCCGGACAUGUUUCCAAACCUCCCUUCAGGGAGGGAGACACUGCCCUGGGCCAAUUGGGGACACACUGUGAGGGCACCCCAGACAUGGCUGUGAUCAAGGGCUUAUUGGAGGUGCCCCUCAAAUGUCUGCAAAUCCCCAUCAGUGGGGAUGUCGGUCUGUGUUGGCCCUAGUCAUCUGAUUCAGCUCAUAAAGACAUUUCCAAUUCCUGGUCAGUUUGCUAGGCUUGCAGAGGGCACCCUGGGCCAGGCCUCAGUCCACCAUGGGUCAGGAGGGUCACAGAGAGUGCCUCCCAAAAGUAUUCUGAGUCCCUCUUUUGGAGGCUGUAACUGUCCCGGGUUGGACAGGGAAGCCCACGGAGGUGGACCCCAACCCACGUGUGGUCCCACGUGGGGCCCACUUUUAGGAUGUUUCAAAUUUUUCUAAGUCCCCCUCAGCAGCCUGGGCCUGCUGGGGAUACCCUGGGAGAACUCACUGCGCCAAGCUGCUAUCCUGCAUGAAGCCUGGUCAUCUGAGGAGCUUCCUGAAAUCUUUUCUAAAUUGCUUUUGUGGCUGGGGCACAGGCCAAGUCUGGCCAGGAAGGCCUGGGAGGAUGCCCUGGAUGGGGUCUUCAUCCCACAUGAGUUACAUUUGUUUGAAGCAUCUCGCAAAAUAUUUUCUAAAUACCCUGUGGAGGGCAUCUGGAGCCAGGACACAGUCCCAUGAGUUCUGUAUUAGUUUGCGCGGGCUGCUGUGACAGAGUACUCCAAGUUGGGCCACCCAAACAGAAAUUUGUCUUACAGUUCUGGAGCUUAGAAGUCCGAGCUCAAGGUGUGAGCAGGGUUUUUUUUUUUUCUGGGUCUUUCAGGGAGAAUCUGUCCCAUGCCUCUCUUCUGAGGCUUCUGGUGGCUUGCUGGCAAUCUUGGGUGUAUCCUGACUUAUAGAAACAUCACCCUGACCUUUGCCUUCUUUAUAUGGCAUUCUCCUUGUGUUGAGUCUGUGCCCAAAUUUCCCCAUUUUACACCACCAUCAAUCAUGAUGGAUGAGGGCUGACUCCAAUGACUUCAUUAACUAAUUACAUCUGCCAUGCCCCUAUUUCCAAAUAAAAUCAUGUUCUCAGAUACUGACCAUUAGAACUUCAGUAUGUAAAUUUUAGGGGUGACACAACUCAACCCAAAACAGGUUCCAAGCAAUGGAAGUGCCACCUGUAAAUUUUCAUUUCCUGCCAGAAGUUGAGACUGGCUUGGGCCAGACCGGGAGGCUCAUGAACCCUCUCCAACCCUACAUCUUGAUGGCUCCACAUUUAGGAUGUGCCUUCCCCAAAUGAGUUUCUCUCCUAAGGGGAGGACUAGUCCAGGCAGAGUGGGAGGCCCAAGGAGGGCACCCCAGAGUGGAUGUGGUACUGACUGGGGCUUAGCUGUAGAAGGCAACCCCCUUCACCCCCUGCCAAAUGUUUCUAACUCUCCUGGUGUUUCUAACUGCCAGGCCCUACAUGAGACUAUGGCUGAGCUCACAGCACCCUCCCCAAAACUCUCUGGUCACUGGGUGUGCCUGCAGAUUGAUCUAAGCCCCCUCCUCUACAUGUCUGUCUUAAUGCCAGCACCACACUGUUUUGAUUACUGGAGUUUUGAGUAAGUUUUGACAUCAAGAAGUGUGAGACCUCCAAGUUUUUCUGUUCAAACACUGUUUUGGCUAUUUGAGGUACCUGGAAAUUCCAUGUGAAUUUCAGAAUGUGUUUUGCCUAUUUCUGCAUUAAAAACAUUGUUGGACCACACUGAAUCUGUAGAUUUGGGUAGUACUGACAUCUUGUCUCCCAGUUCACAUAGGAUGUCUUUCCAUUUAAUGGUUCAACUUCUUCCAUUUCUUUCAGUAACAUUUGUAAUUUCAGUGUACAAUCUCUUGCCAACUUGCUUAGGUUUAUUUCUAAGUAUUUU